AUGCCGGUAUUCCGCUCGGCCCUCCUCCUGCUCGCAGGGCCCCUGCUCGUCUACGGGCAACAAUACUACUACCCCCAGUAUUACCCACAAUAUCAGCCACAAUAUCUACCUCAGCAAUAUCAACAAUUCCCACAACAGCAAUGGGUCUACCAACAACAGCAGCCGGUCAACCAUCAACCGACCGCCCAGCAAUUCGCACAACCGCCCCAAUCCCAGCAAAUGCCACAACAGCCCCGGCCACCCCCAGCGCCCGAGAAUUUCCAGUAUUUAUCAGAGGAUGACCCCAGCAAGAAAGCGCGUCGUUUUAUCGCUUCUUAUUGGGACCCGCAACGGCAGCAGACCGUUUAUUAUGAGCGAAACGACCCUGUGCCAAACUUCCAGGCUCGUCCACAAUUUCCCCAACAAUUCCAACAGGCACCCGAGCCGGCGCAGACGCCUCGAUUGCCAUUCUUGAGCCAGCAGCCGCCCCCUCAGCGAAUUCUUGACCCUCGCCUCGGACAGGCACCACCGCCACCACCACCUCAGGCCUUCCAACCCCAACAACCAGCCACCCACACCCAAGCAUUCAGAGAGCAACAAGCCCCGGCCGCGCCACGAAGAACCAUCCUUGGUCAGGGGACCCCGCGUGCGCCGCCACCGCCCGGCAAAUUUUCCCCAUAUCCGCAGGAUCUGUUCAACCCCCUAGACGCAAAGGUUGCUCGACCGACGCCACCAGAAAUUCUAGUCGUCGGCGGUUCCCAGAAGGUCGAGCAUUCGCUCAUCGAAGAAGUGCCAGCUCAGACGUUAAACAACCAGCGGAAGCCGCAGCCUCCGACUCAUUUUGAACAGCCGAAGCCGAUCAGACCAGAGACUCCGGUCCGAGCUCCCGCACCCAAGAACCGAAGGCCCGUGCAGCAACCGGCGAGGAGCCAUUUGGUCCCGGCGCCGCGCGUCGAGCUAUCAGAGGAAAUUGGAGAGGACGCCAACGCGAUAUUUUUGACGUGCUGUAAGAAGCGAAAUGUCGCGAAGAAAUGCGAGUCCAGAUGCGAUUUUGAUGUGAUGAAUAAGAAAAUGCUUACAGCAAUGUUCCUCGGAACUGACCCUUGCCCUCAAGCAUACGGUCGCGAUCUGCUAACGUGCGCCGCCCAAGAUCUCGACCAUUCGCAGUGUUGCAUUGAGAAGGGUGUCCAUGAGACGUCCGCAGGCAAUAAAUGCCUCGGCUUUUGCAAUAUGACGCCGGGAACAACAUUCCAAGCCGACGUUUCCAUGCUUCCAUGCUGGGCAGUUCUCAACGAUAUCAAGAGCUGCUUCCGCAGUCACAUUGAAGAUAAUAUGUUGUCACGGGUCGUU